AUGGCGCAACCACAACCUUCGCCCCAGAUUCCGCCGCCGGCAUUUUCGCCUCCGCAGCCAAGCCCAUCUCCCGCGACAUCACACUCGGGCUUUGCGCUGCCUCCCAACAAACGAGUUCGAACCGACGGGCCUGGAUCACAGCCUGGAUCGCCUUACGCUGCCUCGCCUUACACAAUGAGCCCAGUCCCCGUGGCUACUCCCACCACUGCGGCCGGAUCGCCAACGUAUCCUCAAGCACCAACGCCACCUGUGCAGGCCGGAUAUGCCAUGCAGUACACAAACGGCCACCCUCCGCCUCCUCAAGGGCUGAGUCUUCCAACCGCCUCGCCAUCAGUCUCCACGCCCGUCAUGCACACUCCUCAGCAAGCGCCAGCGCAAGGACAGAUGCCGAUGCAAAUUCCAAUGCCAACACCAAUGCAGGUGCCUACGCCAGGACAGGUACAUACCCCAGGACAGGUACAGACACCAGGGCAUGUGCAGACACCAGUGCCUUUGCCGUCUCCCAUACCAAUGCCCCAGCAGUAUACAAAUGCAACGAUGCAGCCGAUGCAACCCAUGCAACCGAUUCAGCAAAUGCAGCAAAUGCAGCAACAAGCAGCUCCACUACUACAGACACCCGGGAUCAUGGGGCCUCCCCAGAAGCCAGCAGAGAGACCAACGAAAGACUACGAGUAUGACGUGACGGAUUCAUUGGCUGGUACGGGAAUCGACCUUCGCGCAGAAGAGCAGUACAUGGCAGACCUCUAUUCAAAUGCUCUCGAGGGAAUGCCUGAAGCCAGAACAGGAUUCGCCCACUAUGCACCGGGUUCCAAGUCCAGCUUCUACGGUGCCGGCCCCGCUAACCAGCCUGCCCAGCCUACCGACUUGGCACAGAAGCAGUAUACUGCUCAGGCAGCUGAGCAGGCGUGGCAAGAAUCAACAAUGCGACUUGCUGUGCAGAGAACCCAGGAGAUCAACGAUCCCUUUCUUCUUGUCGCAUUGCUGCAUCGCCGAGCAGAGAAAAUUGCUCGCGAGCAUCAUCUUGGUCUUAAUCUAGAGCUCAAGAACAACGUUCCAUCCAUGGGAAAGAUGAAGUUGCCUGAGAACUUUGCAGCACCCAAAGUAACAGUCAAGACAAGUACAGGUCCGGAUGGCACCUUGGUGGAGACCAGCGGGUCCUUUAUUCCGCAUGACGCCUUUCUGGUAGAUCAGCUUGCGCUGAUGUCGAUAGCAACGAAGCAGAGAGUACGUGAGUUGGUUGAGGACGCAAAUGUGGUGGCGAGAACACGGCAAAAGACGUCUCAUGGAGAUAUACCUCCGGAGUGGGCAGCCGCUGCUGCUCCAAUGAAUGCAGAGCCAUUAGAACCCAUUGUGGAAAAGGACGGCGAUGCGAACGGAGCUGUAGCUGGAACCGGCGCUGGUACUGAAGCCGGGCAGGGUACCAGUCCGUUGAAGCGUCCUGCCGACACAAAUGAUACGGCUGUCAAACAACCACCGGCGAAGUUGCCUAAGAUCGCCUCUUACGCCACAUUGACAAUGAGAGAUUUGGCCAGGCAAGAGCGUGAAUGGGAAGAGGCUCGUUUACGAAGACGGCAGAUGCGCAAAGAAGGCUUGGGCGACUCAGCCGCUUCAGCCUCACGAGCAGGGAGCGUCGCACCCGGCACACCCGGAUCGGUAGCUCCAGAGUCAGAAAAGGCAAUGACGAAGAAGGAGUUGAAGAAGACACAAGCCAUGAAGGCGGCUGAGGCUAGCAGUCAUGCGAACCAGAACAUCACCAGUAGCAUGUUUGCGGGCUUGGGAGGCAAGGGAAGCCUCUUUGGCAAGAAGAAGUCGGGCAAGACGUAUGACUGGAUGAAUGUUGGCCGAGGAGGAAGCGGUGCUAGUACCCCGACACGGGCAGCCCCAGGACCAGGCAAAGGCCCGAACGGCGUUCCCGGAGCUCCAUCCCCCGGCAACAUGGCAUUGACGACUGAAGGACGAAAUAGACUGGGCACGUGGCGGGAAGACAAAGAAAAGGGGAAGAACAUUCAGCUUCGUGACUGGAUCACCGUGCUGGAGAGAGACGGCCGGGAGGCCAAGGCGCUGCAACACGCUUAUAUAAACUUGGACAAUUCGAACCCUAAAUAA